UAAUUAAUUUUAAAAAAAUCGUCAAAAUUCCCCAAACCAUUCCCAUAUAUUUCCCACAUCACUAUAGCAUUACUGAACAAUUUCUCAAAACCCUCAAAAAAAUAAAAAAAAAAUGGGAGUAGUGAUCAUAGACGGAUCAACAAUUCGUGACUUCAUUAACGACGAAGCAGCAUUCACAAAAGCAAUAGAUAAAGGAUUUACCGAUUUAGACCUCAACAACGACGGCGUUUUAUCCAAAUCGGAGCUUCGUAAAGCGUUCGAAUCUCUGAGGCUAAUCGAAUCUCACUUCGGCGUUGAGGUGGCCUCCACGCCGGAAGAACUGGGCAAACUCUACGACUCGAUAUUCGAGAAGUUCGAUUAUGAUCAUAAUGGGACUGUGGAUAGAGAGGAGUUUGGGAAUGAGAUGAGGAAAAUUAUGAUGGCGAUUGCUGAUGGACUUGGUUCGUCACCCAUUCAAAUGGCGUUAGAUGAUGGUGACCACAGUUUGAUCAAGCAAGCUGCUGAUCUAGAAGCAUCUAAGCUUCCUGCCUAAUUAGGAGUCCUAUAUAUACCGCUUUUGAUUUGUUGAGCAAUAAGUUUUUUUUUUUUUUUCCUCUUGUUUCAACUUUCAAUUUCUGUGUGUAAGAACCUUAGUUUGUGUGGUGUUGCUAAAUCUGUAUUUUUACGUCCUAAUUUUGCUAAGUUGGUUUGAAGAUAAAUAUGUCUUCGUAUUCACAGUUG